CAAGCAUGGCUGAUCGCUCUUUUAGUGCAGCAAAUCUUAAUCCAUACAUGACUAGGCCUAAUCGACAGAGUAACGGAGCAGAAGCAGAUACUCGAAGAGAUGCCAUGCCUAUGGAUACCAAUGUCUAUGAAAGCCCAUACGCUGACCCCGAUGAGCUGCAGGAAAAAACACUGUAUUUGAAAAAUGAUUGCCUUAUACUGGAAGAGAAGGAACUUGGGUCUGGUAACUUUGGUACGGUCAAGAAAGGAGUUUAUAAAAUGAGGAAGAAAAAUAUAAGUGUAGCAGUAAAAGUGUUGAAGAGUGAUGAUCCUGCAGUAAAAGAUGAACUGAUGAAGGAAGCAAACUUCAUGCAUCAACUUGAUAACCCUUACAUCGUCCGCAUGAUUGGCAUAUGUGAAAGGGAGUGUUUGAUGCUGGUGAUGGAACUUGCAGAACAAGGCCAACUUAACAAAUUUCUACAGGCUCACAAGUGA